UUUGCCAGUCGGGGCAGUGGGUCCUGCAGAGUGGGAAAAUGAGGGUGGAGGAGGAGUGGAGGACUGUGCUCUGACCGUGGACGUACCUGAGGGACCUGACCGAGGCUGUGGAUGCUGGACGCUCGACGCGCUACACGCCGGACAAGCCCUGGAGGACUCCAGAUCUUCCUCAGCUCUUUCUGAAACACCAACUGCUAACCAUGUCAGGAGUCUGGCUGAAAAUUGCCUUUGUGGUGAAUUUCUUUGUGGUGCUCUGCAGCUGUGAACCCGUGCAGUCUUGGACGGACAGAGGUGCAGAUGAGUCCCACGCAACUCUCCAGACCCUGGAGACAGUGUUCCAGCUGAUCAACAUCUCCCUGGACUUCUGGCAGGCUGAACGUUUCUGUCUGGUGCAGUUCGGUACUCUGGCCACUAUGGGGCGCAACAGGGAGGAGAACGGCACUCUGAAGCUGCUGAGGGAGGCAGGGCUGGACAGGCCUGUGUGGGUCAGAGACCCCGAUAGGCCAACCAGGAGUUUGCGGACACUCUCCAAACAGUACGUGUCUCUGACCGCCCUGACCUUCCCCUUGGAGGCUCAAGAGGGCUUCGCCCGUCUCGACCUGCAGUUCCAGCCCCUGUCGGCCAUCAGCGUGUGCGUCCGGGUGCUGUGGGACCCUCGCCACGCCCAGGUGUCCACAGUCUUCAGCUACGCGGCUCCGGUCUUCACCAACGAGUUCCAGCUGAGGGGUCGCGUGGACACGGCGGGGCGUGUCCUGCUGGCACUCAUCGUGCACGGCCAGCACCGCCCCUACAAGGCCUCCUUCCCCAACGAUGGCGGGUGGCACCAGCUUUGCGUCACCUGGCGCAAACGGGAUGGCUACUGGGCCAUCUACGUGGACGGGGAGAGGCGGGAUGCCGGGUCCGGAGGGGACACGCCCAGGGACAUCCACGGGGAGGGCAUAUUCAUCAUCGGGCAGGACCAGGACUCGUUCGGGGGAGACUUCACCGAGCCCUUUGUGGGUAAUGUUACGGAUCUGAGGAUUUGGGACACGGUGCUAGGGGAGAGACAGGUCGUGGAGCUCGGCACCUGCUCUCAACUGACCCCAGACCCACUGUUUGCAUGGAGCACCAGCAACAUGACCCUCCACCCCGAUGUGAGACUGAUCCCAGUUCAGCUGCUCUGCCCAGCAGUCUACAGGCAGACAAAAGCCAAACACUGCCAGGCCCUUUCCUCCAGGCAGCUAUCCCGCUACACCUAUGUCCCCUGCACAGACACACUGCCCUUUGUCUGCACCACCAGCACGGAACGCUUCACAAAGAUACAGGAGCUGAACGAAGCGCACAAUGGGAAGCCAAGUCCCUUCAUGCAGCACCUGAUGCAGCUUUCCAACAGCACCCUGACACAGGUAACAGAGGGGCUGGUCCCUGACGAGCCUCAGGAGCUGACCUGGGGUCAGGUAUCCGGCCUGCUCAACGUUUCCAGUCAGGCCUUGGAAGAGUCGCCGACUGACCUGGAACCUUCCGACAUGCUUCACCUGGUCCAGUUCCUGGCCCGCGCUGCGCAGGUCCCGACGCAGUCGAACGAGAGCCACGAUGCCGCGGCCGUCACUCAGCACUUCGUGACCGUGGCAGACAGGAUAGUCAGUCAGGAGAACGCUCCCACAUGGCACGCUAUUACACAGGUUGUAAAUGGACCGAUGGCAGUAGUAGAGAGCAUUGACAGGAUGGUGACCAAUCUACAACCUCUGAUGAUGGCUGAGAGUGACACGCUUCUGAUCCAGACAGACAAUAUCAAGCUGACUGUCCAACAGAAGAGUUUGGGAGGUGACACCAGUGGUUCUGAGUUCUGUGGACUUGAAUUUGAAAAUGACACCGGCCUCGACUGCAUCUCAGUCCCAACCCAAGAUAUGCAGACUCUUCAUGAUAUUGGUUUCCGGAAGGUUACCCUGAUGAACACUUGGUAUGGUUCUCUGCGGCCGCUGUUUCAGACCCAGAGCAACACCACCCUGUUUCCUGCUGUCACUGACGGUACUCAGAAGUAUAUGGGGACAGUACUGGGGUCUUCUGUCAUCUCCAGCACGGUGCUUGGGGAUGGCCAGCCUGUCAGCAUGGCGGUUCACUUCCAGCUCCAGCACAGACCUGAGAGCAUUCCUGGGACAGCAUAUGACCCUGUGUGUGCAUUCUGGGAUUUCAGUCUCACGCCGGACGUAGGAGGAGGUUGGUCCACAGAGGGGUGCCACGUCAUUUCCACCCGCAGGAGCUCCACUUCCUGUUACUGCAACCACACCACUAACUUUGCUCUGCUUCUGCAAGUCUAUGAAGUUCAGAGGAGUCCAGAGGACCAGAGUGCCCUGCAGGUCCUGACUCUCAUUGGCUGUGGAGUGUCUCUGUGUGGCCUCAUCCUUACCUUCAUCCUCUUCGUAGCUGUGGGCGUGCCCAAAUCAGACCGGAACACAGUCCAUAAGAACCUCAUUGUGGCGCUGGGCACUGCUGAACUGCUCCUGAUGUGCAGUGAUUCUGCAGCACCCCACCAGGAGGUGUGCCUGGUGGUGACAGCAGGCCUGCACCUGUUCUUCAUGGCUUCCUUUACCUGGAUGCUGGUGGAAGGCCUGCUGCUGUGGAGCAAGGUGGUGGCUGUCAACAUGAACGAGGACCGCAGGAUGAGGCUGUAUUAUCUAAUUGGCUGGGGUGUCCCAGUUGUCAUUGUCAUUGUGACCUUGACAGUUUCUUUUGACAAGUACAAAGCUGACAAUUACUGCUGGCUCAAUGUUCAGACUGAUAUCAUUUGGGCCUUUGUUGGCCCCGUACUUUUUGUUCUGGCGGUCAAUGCAGUGGUAUUAUGUCGGGUUGUCAUGGUUACAGUGUCAAGUGCUCGACGGCGUGCAAAGAUGCUCACGCCAAGUUCCUCUUCCCAAAUACAUGCAUUGGAUCUCACUUGGGCUGCGACCCGGCCCGUUCUGAUCUUGUUACCGGUUCUGGGUCUCACCUGGCUGUGCGGAGUUCUGGUGCACCUGUCCACAGUCUUGGCCUACCUGUUCAUCGCACUCAAUGCUUUCCAGGGCCUCUAUAUCUUUCUAGUGUAUGCUGUUUACAACAGUGAGGUGAGGAAUGCCAUAAGGAGGAUCAAAGAAAAGAGGAAGGCAUUGUCCUUUACGAACUGCUCCCAGCCAAUCAGCUUCCUUCCAUCGCAGAAAACGGCUGCUGCCUCCUGGACCCACAGUGCCCGGGCGACAUCCAGCCCAGAGACCAGCGAUACCUCCGCUCCAGGCAGCACCUCCUGCAGCUCCCUGGUCAUUAAGAACGAGAGUUUCAGGAAAGAGAGCUUUGUGAGCUUCUCCUUGAAACCGGCUGCAGAAAAUCAGGUGGUUCAACUGACAGCCUUCAAGCCAUCAGGUUGCUAACUCCAUCCACUGAACAGACAAAGACAUGUGCUCUGUGAAGUGCAGAGUGACAGACACAUGCAGUAUAUGUUCCCUACCACACACAAAGAAACAACAUACAGCUAUAGAAUGGUGAUUGGUUAUAUGUGGGUACACACAGGAAGUAUUAAGGAGAUUAAGAAGAGGAUGCCCCCCAUAACCCCCCCCACUCCCCACCCCAACCCUCUAUCCUCCUGUGUUCCAGUUUUCAGUUCCCAGGGUCAAGACUCACCUGUUGUUUGGGAAAUGGACGUUCCACUGAGCCAACGAUUUUAAACACUGGCUUCAAUCUCCAAACAUCACGGCAAUUCCUGUUUAAUGAAAAAAGUCAUGGGAAAAAAGAACUGCGCCUUCUACUGUUAUUUGUAUGCUCAUUUUGGUAUUUGUUGUAAGAGUCAUGUACUGUACAGUAGUAUUGUUGCAAUUAAACCAAUCAAUCUUCUCGUAUCUGUUUGCAAAUCAUGUCUUUUUAGCAUAUGACCAGACAAUAUGAUUGUCAGCAUGUGUAUUUGUCAGUCAGAUAUAAAAUAUAAAUCUCUGUCCCUUGGGAUUGAGAUUCCUCCCUUGAACUUUAAUGUUGCCCACAACUAUUCUGCUCAGCUGCUACACUCAUUGGACAAGGCCUACAAGCUCUCUGACCAAUCAGGGCUACUCUGGGAUGUAAUGUUUUUUUCAGCCUGUUCCCCAGCAACCUAUACUGCAUUUACCAACAAGUCUUGCUAAAACACACUGCUCAGUUCCAUACAGACACAGAAUUUUAGGUCAGUUCAACUGCGUGUCUGUUAAUGUUGCCAUGAGCAUGUUCCUUCCUCUGCUGAAGGAAGGCACAUGCUCAUUUGUUUGUUUACCUUACGUUACACUGUAUUUAACCUUCAAUAUACACUACACUGUAUAUAUGCACACAUGCAUACAAUGUUGGGGAGUUGGUUUACUAUGUGUAGUUAUAUGUGUAGUUAAACUAUUAGUUUACAUACAUUUUGCAGCAGUUCCCUGAUAGUUAAACAUUCAAAUGUGUGUACUGUUGGCCCGAAAAUAUAGAUUUUUCCAAAACCCUUUGACCAAAUGUCACCUCCUCUUUCUCUUUUCCCUGUAAUCAUGAUUGGUGAGAAGCACUGCAUUCCACUACAGUUGCCAAUGCCAGUUGCCACACAUCGCUGGUUCUGCCCACUGAGUGGUAUAAAGGUCAUCAUUCACACAUGCAUCAUGUCUGGGGAACAUGCAAUGAUCAUGUUUUGAGUAAUUGUAGUUUUGCAAGUUACAUUUGUCUUUAGGGUAGCUUUGUCAGGGUAGUUCAACUACUUUUAGUGUGAAGUAUUUGUAAGUUUGUAUAACUAUUUCAGAAUAGUUUCACCAACACUGUACACACAUAUAUGCACACGCACACACACAAUGUAUAAUUUUAUGCUUAGUACAUUGCGCUAGAAUUUUAUUGGGGGUUUGGUUUUGUGGUCAUACACUGGCCCCCAUUUCCCUGUGGUCCUGUGCGGUAAACUCUUUGGUGGUUCUGCUAUCUGGAGAUCUUUGUACACGUCCAGUUGGCUUGUAAAUAAUGUGCUUCCUCUUUUUUAAACACAGAAUUUUAUAAAACAUGUUUUUGUUUUACUGGCUACUUUAUUGUGCUACUUUGUGUACAAUCCGCAUGGGAAAGAUGGCCCUUAGAUAAAUGUGUACAUAUAGUACCUGACCAUUCUUUGCGACCAGGGUCUUCAUUUCUUUAUUUUUGAUUCAUUGAUGAUUGAGUUGGGUGGAGCUUAUCCUCCUAUUCACCAUCAUGUAACAGGCAACAACAGUCAUGUGACUUUGACUACCCGUGUUCAGUGACAAUAACUGGUGCAUUAUGUCAUCACACGAGUAAAAUACAUCAGAGGACACACGUACUGUAGCACAGUUGUCAGUGUUUCCAGAAUUUCUUCCCAGUGUUGGAAAAAGAGUUAUAUUUUUAUUUAAAUAAAAUGAAAAUGAUUGACACAUGUAUAUAUUUACUAAAUUGCAUUUAUUGAUUUCAAACUAUUACAAUAAAAUACAGUUGAAACACA